GAACGGGCUUAGGUGAUAUCCACUGAUCCAGCCAUAUGAUGAUCUGUGGACUGAUCUCCACCAGGGUAGCUUCAUUCGAUCAGAGAUCACCACCGCAACAACACAGCCUUGACCAUGACACGAUGACCCCGCGUCUUCUAAUACCAUCGUCGGUCUUAUGAUCCAUAUAUCAUGAUCCUACUUCCCACCAUGAUCCCAGGAAAACCACCGAACACGCAAUACACAGGCUAAAAACAACACAGAGCUGUAGAAAGGGGACAACAGGACAAACGUAUGAAAACAACAAAUCAGCAACAAUGCCGACCCUACCAGUCGAGCUCAUCCUCGCCAUAGCCGAACACCUCCCCUUCAACGCCUUCUUCGCUCUCCUACGCGCCAUCCCUGAGCUCGGCGCCCUCCUCACACACCGCCAUCAAUGGCGCAACGCGUCCACAACCGCCCUACACGUCGCCGCUCGAGAAGCCGACUACCGCAUAUGCGCCGCGCUACUCUCCAGCGCAGCCGUCAAUCCUAACAUCCAAACCUCUGAGUCCAAACAAACCCCAUUACACCUCGUCGCGGCAAACGGGUGCGUCCCUAUCGCGAAGCGCCUGCUCGCCCGCGCAGACAUCAACGUCAACUGUGGGGAUAGCGCCGGUCGCACCCCGCUGUUAAUUGCGUCUAUGAAUGGGCAUUGUGGGGUGGUUGCGCUGCUGGCGGCGCGGGAUGACGUCGAUCGCAACGCGAGGGAUAUGAAUUCGCAGACUCCGCUGUUUUGCGCCGCCUGGGGCGGCCAUGCCGGUGUUGUGCGCUUGUUAGCUGGGUGUGACGGUAUCGAGCUGGACUCGGUGGACGAUGGUGCGCGCACGCCGCUGCUUGUCGCUGCUAUGAGUGGUCAUGGAGAUGUGGUACGACUACUACUACGGAAGGGGAGGGUGGAUGUCAAUGCGAGGGAUGUUAACGGAUGGACGCCGCUACUGUGGGCAGCGCGGUUUGGGUGCGACGAAGGGGUGGAGAGGCUGUUAGGGAGGGAGGAGAUUGAUGUUAAUUGUCGCGGGGCGUUCGGGUGGACUCCGUUGUUGAUCGCUGCUAUGAAUGGGCAUGACACCGUAGUGGAGCGGCUUGUCUGCCAAGGGAAGCUCGAGAUGAAUUGUCGGGAUGAGCGACAGAUGACACCGCUUUGUUGGGCUACUCGCAAUCAGCAUCGUGGUGUUGUAGGGCUGUUGUCAAAACAUGGUGGUGUGGAAGCUCAGCCUCGAUUACCGCCGUCUCGCUGUCGGGUAUCGCUCCGGAUGGUCUUGAGGAGGUAUCUCUCUGUUUUGACUAGGAACGCGCGGAUAGCGCACUCAAAAGCUGUGCAAUGA